UCAAACAGUCGUGUCAAGAUUAUGCUCAAAUAGAAAGUCGUCAUUUUUAGUCUUGCUUGAAUUCUGCGGCGUCGUCUCGCCUCCCAACGACACCUCCGGCCAGCGGACAUAUUUUUAAAGGCUCGCCCUCCGGCCAGCGGACAUAUUUCACACCGGCGAGUGAGACGCUUUUUGCAUCAGAAAGAGGAGGCUGGCUGGAAUGAGACGUCAGACGUCGACCAACGCUGGUUUUUGCCGCUGAGCGUCCGAGCGUCGACCUGAUUGUUGGCUGUUGUUGUGACAUCGGAGGAGAUUGUUGUGACAUCGGAGGAGACGCCAACAUGAUGUCGGGGAAACACUUCAAGGCUCAGGAAGUCAGCUGCUGCAUCAAAUACUUCAUCUUCGGCUUCAACAUCAUCUUCUGGUUCCUUGGAGUGGCAUUCCUCGCCAUCGGGUUGUGGGCAUGGAGCGAGAAGGGUGUUCUGUCCAACAUCUCAUCCAUAACUGACCUGGGGGGCUUCGAUCCAGUCUGGCUCUUCCUGAUGGUCGGCGGCGUGAUGUUCAUUCUGGGAUUCGCCGGUUGCAUCGGAGCGCUGCGGGAAAACUCCUUUCUGCUCAAAUUUUUCUCAGUCUUCCUGGGUAUCAUCUUCUUCCUGGAACUAACAGCAGGAGUCCUGGCCUUUGUCUUCAAAGACUGGAUCAAGGACCAGCUCAACUUUUUCAUCAACAACAACAUCCGGGCCUACAGGGACGACAUAGACCUGCAGAACCUGAUCGACUUCACCCAAGAAUACUGGGAGUGCUGCGGAGCUUUCGGAGCCGACGACUGGAAUUUGAACGUCUACUUCAACUGCACGGAUUCCAACCCGAGUCGAGAGAGGUGCGGCGUGCCCUUUUCCUGCUGCACCAAAGAUCCAGCGGAGGACGUCAUCAACACUCAGUGUGGCUACGACGUCAGAACUAAAUCGGACUCUGAGCAGAGGACUUUCAUCUACAUUAAAGGCUGCGUGCCCCAGUUUGAGAAGUGGCUGCAAGACAACCUGACGGUGGUGGCGGGCAUCUUUAUCGGGAUUGCACUUUUACAAAUUUUUGGCAUCUGUCUAGCACAAAAUCUGGUGAGCGACAUUGAAGCAGUCAGAGAGAGUUGUUUGUUCACCUAAAUGCGGCCGAGGGCAAGAAGGAUGUACGAGGCCUCUUCAGCCUGGACACCAGCAGCGACCACGGGAGACACUUUACCAGCUUUACAGCCCGUCUGAGAACUCCUCCUUCAACCAAUCAUUCUUCAGCCUAAGCCCCGUGGCAGACACACUAACCCAGCGUUUAAGCUUCCCCUUCCUCCGAUCAUUUUUUUUACACCGGUAAGUGCGCCGUCUCUUUCUUCAAUCUCCGGCUGGAUGGUUUGUAAAUGGAGUCGGGAGAGGAAGUGACGUCAGAAAGAGCGUCCCCACAGCCAGCUUCACAACUGGCGCCUUUGUAACUGGGAGGUAAUCACUAGAAAGAUGGAGACAUGGCCGUGUUUCUCCUUCUACACGCUUGUGGGACUCAGCGUCAUGUAAAUACUACUUUUGUGGACCUGUUUUGGGGUCGACCUCCGACAUUGCGUUGGGAAAUCCAACGCGGUGGGGAAAGGGAAGGCCGGGUCAGCCCACCACUGCACUUUUUCAUGCACAAAUAUAAAGUUCCUCUGAAAAAAAACACUGCAUGCCUUCUGUGACUCGGACUCACCUGACUGUAGUACCUUAAAGUAUUUGAAAAUAGGCUAGUUUUGUGGUGAGUUGGUGGGUUAGCACUUUGUGUAAAAAAAAGAAAAAUGAUGGAUGGGGUUUUAAGUUGCCGAGAAUUAACCUGAGAUUUUCCCCUGGCAUUACCUUCAUAAGUGUAUGGAUAUAUGAAGAUUAUUGACUAUUUAAAAUAGCUUGAGCAUUCUCCAAAAACAACCUUUUAAGCACUUUAGGAACAAUCAGCGGCUGGAAUGAUUUAGUCCUUGUAGUUCAACAGGCGGCCACUAGAGAAGGCACUUUCCUCAGCCCACUAAAAACGUCAAUCAUUUUAAAAGCAACUCCACUUAUACACUUUGUAAACACUUACUUUCACUUCUUCUGUCUUUCUGUGGGUUGUGUUAAUCAUCUGUUUAAGUCAUAUUUUAAAAUUGCUCAUUUGGUGAGCUAUAUUUGGCUGUUUUUCCAUAUUUGACUUACUUAGGCAAGGCAACUUUAUUUAUAUAGCACCUUUACAACAAUUUUUAAAUUGGACCAAAGUGCUUUACAGGUUAAAAUGCAUAGAGAAAGACAACAAAACAAACAAAAGAACAUAAACAAUGAAUGAGCUAAACAAGAUAAUGCAAAAAGCAAUACGGUAGAAGGGUUCCGAAAAAAAGUAAAAUUGCAAGAUAAGAAAUAACAAAAGUGCGACAAAUUGGAAAAAAAAUAACUAAAGCAAAGGGGGGAAGGGACUAGAAAUGGUGGCCUAGUGGGCGGGCUCAGCUCAGGUUAAACACCAGCGAGAAGAGGUAGGUCUUAAGAAGGGUUUUGAUGACCCCCAGGCUCUGGGCUGACCUAAUGUGGAGGGGAAAGCUGUUCCAGAGCUUAUGAGCGCCAGUUUAGGCUCUGUCCCCUCUGGUCUUUAGCCUGGGGCUGUCCCUUCUGGUGUUUAGCCUGGAUCUGUCCUCUCUGGUCUUUAGCCUUUCGCCUGGAUCUGUCCCUUCUGGUCUUUAGCCUUUAGGAUGGAUCUUUCCCCUCUGGUCUUUAACCUUUAGCCUGGAUCUGUCCCCUCUGGUCUUUAGCCUUUAGCCUGGAUCUGUCCCCUCUGGUCUUUAGCCUUCAGCCUGGAUCUGUCCCUACUGGUCUUUAGCCUUUAGCAUGGAUCUUUCCCCUCUGGUCUUUAGCCUUUAGCAUGGAUCUUUCCCCUCUGGCCUUUAGCCUGGAUCUGUCCCCUCUGGUUUUUAGCCUUUAGCCUGGAUCUGUCCCCACUGGUCAUUAGCCUUUAGCCUGGAUAUGUCCCCACUGGUCUUUAGCCUUUAGGCUGGAUUUGUCUCCACUGGUCUUUAGCCUUUAGCCUGGAUCCGUCCCCUCUAGUAUUUAGCCUUUAGGCUUGAUCUGUCCCUACUGGUCUUUAGCCUUUAGCAUGGAUCGUUCCCCUCUGGCUUUUAGCCUGGAUCUGUCCCUUCUGGUCUUUAGCCUUCAGCCUGGAUCUGUCCCUACUGGUCUUUAGCCUUUAGCAUGGAUCUUUCCCCUCUGGCCUUUAGCCUGGAUCUGUCCCCUCUGGUCUUUAGCCUUUAGCAUGGAUCUGUCCCCUCUGGUUUUUACCCUUUAGCCUGGAUCUGUCCCCACCGGUCAUUAGCCUUUAGCCUGGAUAUGUCCCCACUGGUCUUUAGCCUUUAGGCUGGAUUUGUCUCCACUGGUCUUUAGCCUUUAGCCUGGAUCCGUCCCCUCUAGUCUUUAGCCUUUAGGCUUGAUCUGUCCCUACUGGUCUUUAGCCUUUAGCAUGGAUCGUUCCCCUCUGGCUUUUAGCCUGGAUCUGUCCCCUCUGGUCUUUAGCCUUUCGCCUGGAUCUGUCCCUUCUGGUCUUUAGCCUUUAGCCUGGAUCUGUCCCUACUGGUCUUUAGCCUUUAGCAUGGAUUGUUCCCCUCUGGCCUUUAGCCUGGAUCUGUCCCCUCUGGUCUUUAGCCUUUAGCCUGGAUUUGUCCCCAUUGGUCUUUAGCCUUUAGCCCUGAUAUGUCCCCACUGGUCUUUAGCCUUUAGCCCUGAUCUGUCCCCUCUGGUCUUUAGCCUUUAGCCUGGAUCUGUCCCCUCUGGUCUGUAGCUUUUAGCCUGGAUCUGUCCCCUCUGGUCGUUAGCCUUUAGGCUGGAUCUGUCCCCUCUGGUCGUUAGCCUUUAGGCUGGAUCUGUCACCUCUGGUCUUUAGCCUUUAGCCUGGAUCUGUCCCCUCUGGUCUUUAGGCUUUAGCCUGGAUCUGUCCCUACUGGUCUUUAGCCUUUAGCAUGGAUUGUUCCCCUCUGGCCUUUAGCCUGGAUCUGUCCCCUCUGGUCUUUAGCCUUUAGCCUGGAUUUGUCCCCACUGGUCUUUAGCCCUGAUAUGUCCCCACUGGUCUUUAGCCUUUAGCCCGAUCUGUCCCCUCUGGUCUUUAGCCUUUAGCCUGGAUCUGUCCCCUCUGGUCUGUAGCCUUUAGCCUGGAUCUGUCCCCUCUGGUCGUUAGCCUUUAGGCUGGAUCUGUCCCUACUGGUCUUUAGCCUUUAGCAUGGAUCGUUCCCCUCUGGCCUUUAGCCUAGAUCUGUCCCCACUGGUCUUUAGCCUUUAGCCUGGAUCUGUCCCCACUGGUCUUUAGCCUUUAGCCUGGAUCUGUCCCCACUGGUCUUUAGCCUGGAUCUGUCCCCUCUGGUCUUUAGCCUUUAGCCAGGAUCUGUCCCCUCUGAUCUUUUAAAUGGUGAAUGGUCUUACUUGUAUAGCACUUUUCUACUUUUAGCCUGGAUCUAUCCCCUCUGGUCUUUUAGCCAGGAUCUGUUCCCUCUGGUAUUUUAGCCUGGAUCUAUCCCCUCUGGUCUUUUAGCCAGGAUCUGUUCCCUCUGGUAUUUUAGCCUGGAUCUGUUCCCUCUGGUCUUUAGCCUGGAUCUGGGGACACCCAGCAGCAGUCGGUCAGCUGACCUUAGGGCUCUAGACGAGGUAUGAUGGUGCAGAAGCUUGGUCAGGUAUUGUGGGGCCAGACCAUUUAGGGAUUUAAAACCAAUUAAAAGUAAUUUAAAAUGAAUGCGGUGACGGACAGGAGGGAGCUAGUGGAGUGAGGCCAGGACUGGGGUGGGCACGCCUUUUUGGUACCGGUGAGGAGACGGGCAGCCGCGUUUUGCACAAGCUGCAGACGGCGGAGUGAUGCCCGAUCAAUGCCAGCGUACAGUGACUUGUUGUUGUUGUCUAGCCGCUGUGUGAUGAAGGCGUGGCUAGAAGGCUCCAGGUCGCUCUGGGAGAGAGAGGUUUAUAGAUUAGAUUAUAAUGUACUAUAACAAUGUUUGCACACACGCAUUAUUUAAUGUCUGCAACAUGCUUUGCAGUCACACUCACUGGAUGAAACACUUUAUGUUCUGUUUACUUGUUUCCACCAAAAACUUCAAAGGAUUGUUCAUGUUGCUUAAACUCACUCUUUUGUACCACUCAGUGCCAAAUAUGUCAUUUCUACAUAUUCCCCGUUGAAGUUGAAUAUUGUUUCCUGGAAUGUUGUUCCGACAUCUGGUGAAGAACUGGAUCGUGACAAUGUUGUAAAUAUGUUUGAAUAAAUGUGCUUCUUUGUACAGAU